UCAUUUUUAUUGUCAAUUUAGUUUUUUUGACGCUUCAAGGCAAAAUUUCAGUAAAAAUGGGGGAUAAAAAGAAGCCGACGCCCGCACCGGUAGACAUCUACGACGAUGAAUUCUACACCAACUUAAAAAUUGCCAAGGGGUUCAUCAAUCAGCUGGGAACAAGAGGAGAUAAACAAAUUUGCAAAAAAUGGAUCGCAAAACUGGUGAAGCUGAAGUCGGACGAUCCGGUGGUGAAGCGAAACCGAAAUUCUUUUUUUAGAUAUUUACUGUCGGUUAUGGAGAAGGCGAUCAAGGAUUCGGCGUAUAAAGUUGAAGGCGGUAAAAAUGUCAAUGAUGAAAAUCAUUUUAUGUGCAAAUGGUCCAAUGACAAGAGGACUUACAUUGCGGCUAAACCUUUGCCAGGGUUGGGCACUUUGGUUUAUAUGGCUGUGGCCAAAGAUCCUAGUUUAGGGUGGGAUCAUCCAUAAUUUUUUUAAUUCGAAAUAUAAAAUAACAGUUUUUUUUAAUAAACUUAGUUUAAAUCAACAAAAUAAAAAAGGCAUAACCUAAUAAAUGGAAAUAUAUUAAAAGUUA